AUGCAUGAUAGAGUAGAAGUGGUAGCAGCAAACAUGUUGGAUGAAGGAGUAUCAAAGCAGUUUGAGUUUCAGCCAUUGAGGACUACUACUAGUCUUCCUCAUGAUCAAUUCUCGCUUCAAACUCAAUCUAAUAAUAACCUCUUCUACCCAUCAAUAUUUUCAUCAUUGCCUCACCACUCUUCUAAACAACAUCACAAUCACACCACCAACUUUAAUCAUUCAUUCAACUUCCAGAUCCAAAAUCAUCAUCAAUUACCCCCAUCACACUUGACCGAUUCCGAAUGGAUUAACGAUGAAGGUCUUGCACUUUUCAAGAUCAGAUCUACCAUUGAAAAUUGCUUCCCAGAUCACCUCACACGGGACCAUGUCUCAAGGAAGCUUGAAGAAGUUGGGAUUAAGAAGAGUGGUGAGAGGUGCAAGGAGAAGUUUGAAGAUGAGAACACAUCAUUAUUGAAGAUCAAUAACCAUAAUGAUUUUGCUAGUGAGCUUCAAACUCUGUAUCAAACUUGUGGUGCUGAUGAACAACCUGAAGAAAACGAAAAGAUUCAACGCCAAGAAGAAAAUUCAAGAGAUGACGAUAACAUUGAUAUUAUAGUGACCAAACAAUUUGACGAUGAUGAUGACAAAGUUGCGAUGGACAGAAAUAGAAAGAGGAAGAGUCGGCGACGCGAUAAAUUUGAAAUGUUGAAGUGUUUUUGCGAGACCGUGGUUAACAAAAUGAUGGCCCAACAAGAAGAAAUACACAAUAAGCUAAUUCAAGACAUGCUCAAAAGAGAUCAAGAGAAGCUUGCCAGAGAACAAGAAUGGAAAAAGCAAGAAAUAGAAAGGAUGAACAUGAUGACACAAGAACAAGCUAUUUCAAAUCAUAGACAAGCCACCAUAAUUGAUUUCUUGAAAAAACAUCUUUCCACAAAUGAAAACAUCAUUGUCAACAACAAAACUACAAAAGUAUGUUCUACAUCACAAUUGCACUCAUCACAAAACCCUAAUAGUCUUGAAUCACCAGAUCAAAACCCUAGCUCGAGCGAAACAGCGUUACCAGUUCCUUCAACUUCUUCCAACAACAAUAAGAAUCCAGUGUUAGAGGAUAAGAGAAGGUGGCCAAGAGAUGAAGUGUUGGCACUGAUAAACCUCAAAUGUACCACAACUGUAAUGAACAGAAGAAACAACAAGAAUAGUAUUGAAGAAAAAAAGGGACCUGUGUGGGAGAGAAUCUCUGAAGGGAUGUUAGAGUUGGGAUACAAGAGAAGUGCAAAGAGAUGUAAAGAGAAAUGGGAAAACAUAAACAAGUAUUUUAGAAAAACAAAGGAUGUUAAUGUGAAUAAGAAGAAAAGGAGAAUGGAUUCAAGAACUUGUCCUUAUUUUCAUCAACUAAGUUCUUUGUAUAAUCAGCAGCAGCAUGGACAAGUGAUUGUUCCUAAAAAUCAAUUCAUAUUCAAUUCAGAUGGCCAAGUUGAUGAUCAACUCCAAGUUCAAUGUGAUUAA